UUAGAUUCGCAUCUGCGUGUUGCUGUCAUGCGUGUGUAAUCCACCAGGUGUCACUGUUUGCCGCGGCUCCCGGUGUAACGGCUCUGAUGGGCGGCUCAGUGCUGGCUGCCAGCGAGGCGAAGAAGAAGAGUUCCCAGCCUGUCCUGAGCAUCGACGAGCUGCCCUCUCUGUACACCAGGCCUGAAUCUAAGCCAGCGGUGGAGGAGGCGGCGGCAGGCCAGCUGGAGCAGAGCGUUGCAUCGCUGAGGAAAUGGGCUGAGCCGUACACCGGCCUGUGUCAGCAAACUGUGCAGGCUGCCGUGGAGAACGCUGAGCGGGGCUACAAGAUGGCGGAGCCGACCAUAAACUCCACGGUAUCAACCGUCACGGAUGCGUAUCGCUUCCUCAGCCAGCCGCCUCCGGACCUCUAUCCCAGCCUGGGGGUGAUCGGAUUCUCUGGCUUCCUGGGACUGUUUUUAGCUAAAGGCUCCAGGACCAAGCGCUUGGUGUUCCCAGUGGGCCUCAUGGCCCUCAGUGCCUCCAUGUUUUACCCUCAGCAGGCGGCCAUCUUGUUGAAGCUGAGUCGAGAUCAGGUCUUCGUCUGGACUCAGCAGGGCCGCGUUGCCAUGGAAACCCUGUGGAAAGACCCUCCAUUCAUUAGGAAAAAGGCUGUGAAAUCUGAGAAGACGAAACCAGCAGAGAGCAGCGAUGCGAAAAGCUGAAACAGACGGAGCAGUUUCAGCGGGACCGUCUGUAGAUCACCACUGUGGGCCGUUUAGAAACCUUCCAGGCCCAAACCGAGUCCAGCCUCCUUCCUGAGCUCAGCCUUUUCCAAUAAGCAGCCUGAAUCCUUACAGCUCAUAUACUGCUUCCUGGAAACGCUUCUUCAAGGUUCUCCUAUUUCCUUGUAACCGUCUCCCAUCUGUGUUCUCAGCUGAUUAAGGCAGCUGUGUCCCAAAACACCCGUCUGGUUCAUGGACCGCCAACACCACUACACACACCGACACACUCUGACCCAAAACUGCAGAAAUAAACCAGCUGGACCUCAGAUGAGAAUGAACCUUUUCUUUUGCUUAUCUUGCUAUGGAUUAAACUACAUACCAGGCUGUCUGGUGGGAAGGAGGGUCUCUCAUGUGGUCACAUAUCUCCUACCUUCCUAUGAUGCUUCAUUUACUGCUAAUCACAAUGACCAUCAACCAUAAAUAUGAUGCAAUACUUAUUUAUCCACCACUUCAUGUGCUUAGUUUUCACUGUAUGUCAAUAAAUGGGUCAUAAAGUCAAUAUUGGGUGCUCUUUAAAUAUUUUUUUGGUUUAUUAUACAUUUUGGAUUUUAAUUUAAUAAACACUUUUU